GUCCCUAUAAAUGCCCCCCAGCUCCAUCUGGCAAAGGGACAGGAGCCACGCAGCGAGGGAGGACGAGAUGGACGGCAGCUCCAAAGAGGCGCUGAUGGAGGAGGCACCUCCGAGGUACACGGCCUCCCCCCGCCUGCCCUGCAUCCCCCACCAGCUCAAGUGCCUCCUCAUCGUGGUGGUGGUGGUGGUGGUCCUGGUGGUGGUCAUCGUCGCCUUCCUCCUCCUGGGGCUGCACAUCACCGAGACACACGCCGAAACGGUCUUGAGAAUGACCAUCCAUGGUCUGGACGGCGAAGGGACCCCCCAACACCUCUCCAUGAGCAAGAAGGAGAGGACGGGGACGUUCGCCGUGCGGGAUGGUCUCAACGCCACCGCCGUGGUGGUGUACAACUACAGCAAGCUGCUGGUGGGCUACAGGUCCUGGCGUCACCGCGCCUGCUACGUCACCCGCGUGGACAAGGACAACAUCCCUGGGCUAGAUGCCAUCACCGAGACCUUCCACCAUCGGCUGGCUGAGGUGAAGGAGGAUGGGGACAACGCCAUGCCCUUGGCCGACCGCUCCAUCUUGGGCACCACCAUGAACAUCCUCUGCAGCACCGUCCCCGUCUACUGGGCAUAGGGCUGGCUGGUGGUGGUGGGGGGGACAGGAUGGUGGGAUGGGGGUGUCACCGUCCCCAUCCUCCCCAUAUUUGCCUUCCAGGAGGGAUAUUCCUGGGAAUCUCUCCUUUUCCGUGGUCCCAUCCCGUGGGGCAGCUCCGUCCACGGCCGCUGGGCACCGCGGCUCUUCCACGCCAGAAAAAAGUGGGGUUUGCUUUGGGAUAAAAGCUUCUGUCUGCGAAGUAAAGGCUGU